AUGAAAAUGAUGAGGAGAUAUACUUUUGUAUUAUCUUAAUAAUAAUUUAUUAGAAUGUCAUCCCACAUGUGCUGAUUGCAUUGGCCCUUUAGCAUCUAAUUGUAUAGGGUGCUAAAGCGGUCUAAAUAGAAGAUGGUCAGAAGAUCUUAAGACAUGUUUUUGCACAUAUGGAUACCUUGAGAUUGAAGGUUUAUGUUAUUCUUUUGAUGAAGUAUAUCCAAAUCUUGAAUUUAAUGAAGUUCCUCAAGAUUUAACAAGUAGUAUUUGCCAAUUUGGUUAUUUUUAUUUGGAAAUUAAUAAAAAAUGCAUGA